ACUUUUUGCAAUGUUUUCCCGCUAGUUUUAAGCUCGUUUAAAGAUCAACAAUGUUUUGCUGAUAUUGAUACUCCCGCUCAGCCCUCAGUUCGUGGAAGACUUCGAAAAUGCAUUGAUUUUUGGCGUUCGUUAGAAGUUUCUCAGUUCAUCCUGAAUGUCAUUAUCCAGGGUUACAAGAUCCCGUUUUUUCAUCUUCCCACACCUUUCUCUAAAGCUAACAAUGCCUCCGCACGUAACAACAGUGCUUUUGUGUCUGAACCUGUUAAUGACCUGCUCAAGCUAUUAGUGUCUAUUUAUCACGCCUUUGCCCAAUUCUUUGUCACUCUAGGGGUGGUUCUCGCCAGGCCCUCCCAAAAUAAACUUAUUUGGUUCAGCGAUGCUGUGUUGUUAUUUGUUGUGAAGUGGAGACAAAAUUGUGUGCUACAUUGUCACCUUCAAAGAAAACAUAGCCGGAAGGAAAAUCUGUUUCGGGCGAUAUAUAUGCAAAUGCUGAUGAGCGAAAUAAAUUUACAUAACAUAACAACGUACCAAAGUAAAAUAGAGCCGAGAGAACUGAAACGACAAGCGGACAGUUGAACGAAAUCCCUCGCAGACUAGCGUCGUUAAAACCAAGCGUCUUGUAUUUUGGUAAGUUAAAAGAUGGCAGCCUUAUCUCAGCGUCAAGAUAAUUCUGAGCAUGUGUCCUCAAUUCUAAGGAAAGAAAAUUUAAAUGAAGUGUUUACGCCAAAAGAGACGCUCGAUCAGCGAUGGGAUGUUAUUUUGGUGGGUGAAAAUGGCAAAGAACUCAAAGCUCAUAAGCAAGUUCUUUCAGAGGCAAGUCCCUUCUUUGAAAAACUACUAAACAGCGACAUGAAAGAGUCCAGAGAAGGAAUUGUUCGUUUGGAAAUGUUUUCCGAGUCUGCUUUGAGAAAUACACUGCAGUUUAUUUACACGGGUACUGUUCAGAUAUUGGCUGAAGACAAUGCCCGAGAUCUUGUGGUUUCAGCGGAUUAUUUUAUUCUUCCGAACUUAAAACCGCUCGCUGAGGGAGCUUUAGGAGAGAUGUUGAAUACUUCAAACUGUAUUUCGGCUUACUAUUUUCCCCAAACAUAUCAAUGCGAGGAACUUUUGGUCAAGACCGAAAAAUACAUCAUUGCAAAUUUCACCUCCGUGUACGAAACGAACCGUGAAGAGGUUCUUAAUAUGUCGAAUAAAGAAAUGGAAAAGUGGCUUUCAGGUGAUGCAAUAAAUGUUAGCUCCGAAGAAGACGUGUUUAAGAUCAUUCUAGCAUGGAUUAACCGCGACAGAAACAAACGACAGCAAUAUUUCGCCGAGUUAUUUCGUCACGUUCGACUUGCUUUUUGCAUCGCGUGACUUUCUAUACGGUAAUAUUCUAAAGAAUGAUUUGGUGAAAGACAAUGAAACCUGUUUGAAACGUGUGGUGGACGCUAUACAUUUAAUUAAUUCACAAAACUAUGAUAAUUUGUCCAUUUCACUUAGAAAGUCGAUCGAGACCAAUGUUAUAGUUGUCACUUAUUCGAGCGCAAUAACCCCGAACAUCAGCCGUAACUGGGAACUUAUCAGUAGCGCUCAACCUAUUUUGUGUUAUUUUCCUCGAGAGGGCAGGUAGUGUAAGCUAGGUGAAAUACCUCGUGAAUAUUCUGAGAGGGUAGAUUUUAUCUUUGGUCGGGGUGAACUGCAUUCAUAUAAGAAGUGGCUUUUUUCUUACUGGGAGGCGCCUACACUUGCAAGCUAUAAUCCAUAUUCAAACUCCAUUAUCCAACAUAUUCCGAAACCAAGCCGGUUACCUUUUAACUGGGUAUUACGGGAAAUAUUUGUUGUGAAUGUCGAUGAAAUAUACGCUCGGGUGUCUGAAAGACGACCUGUGAAACCCAGAAGACGAGAUGCCAGGAACGUUAGAGGAAACAAAUGUGUUUCCUUCAUCACAACAUACAAAGUGGAAUCAAACUCGUGGAAAGAUGUAACUUCGUUUGAUCACUUGGACGCGAGAGAAGAUAUUUGCAUUGUAGCCAAAGAUGAUUUUGUCUAUUUUAUUGGCGGUAAAGAAAGACUUCGAGUAAGACAUGGCGGUCAGACGAGAGGUCAGACGACAAAGUCGACCAUCCGCUACACUGAUGUUUACAGGUACAGUCUUUGCAAAAACCAUUGGAAUAAGGUAGCUGACUUUCUACGACCGAAAAUGGAGCUGAGCGGAGCAGCCUGUAAAGGGAGAAUUUUCAUCACUGGAAGGGUUGCACGUCUGCACGAAACGUGUCAAUGUGAGGUAUACAGUGAAACAACAGAUGAGUGGCAGUUUAUUGCAAGCUUGAACAUCAGACAGGGGAUACGUGCCAAACUUUUGUCAGUUGAUCACAAACUGUAUGCUCUUGGCUGCCGCAUGUCGAAUUUUGAGGCCCCAGCAUCUGAUAAAAGAGUAGAAUGUUAUGAUGCUGACAAGAAUGAAUGGAUCGGGGAAACUGAAAUACCCAUCCGAAUGCUUUCAAACACCAGAGGAGUUGUGAACGCUUACCCGGCGAGAAUAUUCAAAGGCUUCCUCAGCAAUAGUCAAUUGAAAAGCCACAAUCCCUGGAGAUUUUCUCCUUCUGCCUGGUCAAGGGAAGCGAAUGAAGGGAAAUGUGUCAUUAUGUAAUCGAAAAGCCAUCUAUCACAUUGGUGCACUCGAACUGUCAUCGUAGUUACGGAGUUCGUGUGUGCAAUUCGUACACCACGCGGACCUAUUUUGUCUACCUUUCUCAUACCUGGCCACAAUCGAGCCUCAUUGUAAAUCAAUCAAACCCUUGUAACCAGUGAAACGAUAGCUAUGUCCAUGAUGGGCUUUUUGCUGAUAUUUAAAAUAAGAUGUUGAAGGAAAAUUUGGAGUAGUAACUUGUAAACCCCAUUUUUGUCUUUCUAAAAUUCAUAAAACUUCAUCCAGUUUCUAACUGCCACUAUAUAUGUGUGUAUUGUUAACCACUGAAAAUUUUGUCAGAUAAUAAUCCAAUGUUAAUAAAGACAAUGUCUGCUCAUGUA